CCCCCUUACCUGUCCUGGAUUCCGGAUGUGGAGAGUAGCAAGGAGCGUUUUCUCUCCUCGCUCGGGCGCGGCCCCGGGAGCGACAUUUUGCUGUCCGACCCGUUGGUGCACCAAUUGCGGGCAGAAAGCCGAAUCGUCGUGUGCGUUACAACCAUUCCGUCCCGGUUUGACCGCGUCCACCCCGUGCUGCGCAGUUUUUUCGCGCAGAGCGUUGUGCCGGACGUGGUCUAUCUGGUGGUGCCGAAGCGGUUCCAUCUGAUGUCGUUGAGAGGUGGAGGUGGAAGUAAGAGACAAAGUGGAAGAAGUGUUGAGGGUGGUGGACCACAGCAAAUUAAAAUUCCAAGCGAGGCGGACCACGCACGACCAGCUGCCCCGGUUCACGACGAUUUGCCCGCCAGUCUGCUGGCCCUGCAAGAAGAGUUCGGGCGGGAGAAAUUUCAAAUUCUCCGUCCGGAGCACGAUUUUGUGGGGCCGCUAAUGAACCUGUGGCCGGUUUUGCCAGGGGAGCGGGAUCCCAAAACUUUCCUCGUCACCGCGAACGACGACCACCUGCAGCCGAGAAAUUUCAUCCGGGACCUCUGGGUCAACGCAAUUGCCAACCCGGGCCGCGCGAUCUGCUACCACGGCUGGAUAUCCGUUUUCGAUAGUAGUAGGGAGGUAGAACAACAACACGACCUCCGCGACGGAAUUGAUAGAACGUCAAAAAUGGACGAGGUGGACGCGCACCUCCCGAUGUCAUCAACAUCAGUAACAUCAGCAUCUCCAUCUUCCUCGCCAUCGCGCAGCGAUCAAGAUGACGACACCGACACAGCGGCACAGAACGAGCAGGCAGAAGCUACCACCGCGCAGUCACUUUCGUACAACAUGACACCGAGCGAGAUAGACCAGGUGACGUCCUUUAUUCACCACGCCGCGCCGCUGAACCGCACGGCCGGACUGCAUUGGCUGACGAGAAGCACGAAGACCCCGACGUACGUCCAACAAGAGUACGCGCCGAACAUCCUGGACGAUACCUCGGCCUCCUACUACGCCACGGCCCCGGUGGGCGCGAAUUACCUCGGCUGCAUUUGGCAACGGGGCUUUUUCGAUGACAACCUCUACCGGCUCGUGGAUAGAGAAAAAACCUUCUCCGGCUGUCUCUUCGUGGACGACGUGUGGCGCGCGGCGUUGAUGGCAAUGCGGAAGAUCCGGUUUCUGUUCCUGAACCGCCUUCCGACCGGCUCAACGCCAACAGAACUGAACCAGGCGGAACGCGCGGUCGUUGAUGGGCUGCACGUAUGCAUUGCAAAAGUAUCGCACUAGUGUAAAUCGCAUUACCAAUUUACUCAACUACAUAACAAAUGGAAUUUAUCACGCUGAGUUACCUAAGAAACGAGAUUUGUCAUGCAAGACUGGCAUUUAUACGAGAACGAGUGCGAUACUUUUGCAAUGGUGCAUAGCAUGGCGUAGCGCUAGCCAACGUGCAGGCGCUGGGAAAGGAGAAGGGAAAAUUCUCCAGCGCAAACAUGCGCGCGACGUGUCACAAGCAGCUCGUGCGCGAGUGGGGUUCCGGGCUGUGGCAGAAGAAAGCCCGGAGAGUGCUGGUCACCGGAAGUGAAGUGGUAGCCGCUGCAAGUCAUUUCGGCUUCGGGGAAGAAGAAGAUGAGGGGAAGAGCACUGGUGCCAGUGGUCACGACCAUGUACCAGCCUCAGCAGAUGAUCAAGAGGCACAGCGAGGCCCUCAUGCCGCUCCUGCGCUGUCGCGAAUCCAGCUGCUGCAGGAAACGGCUAGUGAUGCGGAAGCCCGAAGCGAAAAAAUGAAAAACUUUGCGACUCCAGUCCUGGACUUGAGGGCGGGGAGUUCCUGCGGGGCACCGCCGCGAAUGGGCAUGUUAGAGAAGCACCGCACAAGAACACCAUCGCUGAAUAGCGAAAACAAAGCCGUGGCGUGGCAGCUAAUUGACAACUUCGAUCGCAUCUACCUUCUGCAGAACAUCAAUUCUGGGUUCCCGGUGGACGCUAGCACGAGAAAAAGACUGCACGGAACAUCAGGAGCGACACCGCACGACCACGAGCAUAAAAACUGCAAAUGCUCGUGGGAAGACGCAGCAUCCUGGGAGGGCGAUGAAGACACGGAAAUUUGUGUUGACACUUCCACGGUCAACGUGUUAUUUGCGGAUAGUAUGCAUUCAAAUGAGUUGGAGAUCAUGAGCACGAAGUUGACGGUGAACAAGACCGCUGCUUUGAUCGAAGAUGGAGGCGAUCGGACAGAAGAAAAGAAGAACGUUGGACUUGACAAAACGAAAACAAGUAGGGAGGAUGAACAAACAAACUUGAUUUGCUUUACUGUGGCUUCUUUUCGCUCGUGGUACGAAAGCGGAGCAGAUCUUCGGCGAAAGGGAACUAGUACACGACCUUUGUCCGCUAAGGAGUGGAGGAAAACUACUUUAACCAACUUGAUUGCCCGUGUCCCAGGGUUCUUCCACUUCCGCAAUAGGACUACGCCGGCGAACACUAAAGUGGCAAUAUUUGAAUUUGAAAGCGAUGCGAAAGGAGAUUUAUCUGUUGUCAAGACUCUUGAUUGAAGUUGCGUACGAUUGCACGAGGGUGUCAAUCAUGUGUUCGCUCGCCA